AUCCCAACAGCAUACCAUUAAAGUCUUUGUAUCCUCAAACUUGCUUUAGUUUUUUAACAAUGGAGGUGUUUUUGUCAACCCGAUCAGAUGUUCAAUCCUUGCCUGAUUGCUAUGUACUCCCACCAGAUAAAAGACCCAAACAACAUGAUGCUCCCGUUGGCCAAGCCAUUCCAGUCAUUGAUAUUCAAAACAUUGUCGAUCCUGAUGAUCGCGCUGAGAUUGUUCAGCAAAUUGUAAAAGCAUGCCAGGAAUUCGGUUUGUUUCAGGUGGUGAACCAUGGAGUUCCAGGAAAGUUAAUGGAUGAUGCGAUGAGUGUGUUAAUUGAUUUUUUCACCAAGACACCUGCAGAAUACAAAGCACAGUUCAUCACAGAUGCCAGGGAUAAGAGUUGUGUUCUGUACACAAGCAAUUUGAUAUAUGAUGAUCACGAAGAUGGUAUUCGUUAUUGGAGGGACUGUUUUAUCCAUCACUGUUAUCCACUAGAGGAUCACAUCAAGAAUUGGCCUGAAGACCCACCCAAAUAUCAAGAAGUUAUCGGGCCAUAUUCUGUUGAAGUGAGGAAGUUUCUGCUGACUAUUUUGGAUUUAUUAUGUGAAGGACUAGGAUUAGAACCAGGGUAUUUUGCAGGGGAUCAUAGCAAAACACAGCUAUUGUCAGUGAAUCACCACAUUCCAUGCCCAGACCCAAGUUUGACCUUGGGACAUGCUGAACACUCUGACCCCAACCUCAUCGCCGCUCUUCAUCAGUGUGAUGUGCCUGGACUUCAAACCUGCAAGGAUGGCCAAUGGAUCGGUGUCCAGCCCAUUCCUCAUGCAUUUGUUAUCAUCCCUGGUGUUCAAUUCAAGCCGAUCAGUAAUGGUAUGUUUUCAAGUCCAAGACACAGAGUGGUGGCAAAUACAAAAAAGCAUCGCACCACACUUGGUUCUUUUCUUGUUCCGACUGAUGACUCACUAACGGAACCCUCAAAAGCUUUGAUUAACGAAUCGAAUCCUCAACGCUACAAACCUUUCACCAUGGGAGAAUUUAUGGCGGGUUGGAGAGGACGACUUGAAGAAGAUGUUGGACUGCAACCUUUUGUGAUCGAGUAAUUUAUAACUCCUAUCCAAUAUAUCUAUGUAUUAAUGUGUGAGGGAAAAAUAAAUACAUGCAUGAAUGCAUGCAUGCAUGCUCUGGCACAAUUAAUGGGUGCAGCCAAACUUGGUUUGAUAUGUAUUAUAUUCAUGUAAAAUAGGGUGUGGGAAAAUAUGUACUAGUACUUGUGAUGGAGGGCGGUAAUGUAUGCUUUUUGUUGUUGUUGUUAUUGUUUGUUGUUUCAAAAAUGUUCUGGCAAUCAAUGGCCUUUUUGGUUUGAUUAAAGGCAAUCAAUGGACAACCUAGCUAAGCUUGCUAGCAAGGUCAUGUA